UAGUACCUGUUUGCUGUUUCGCACGCGUCUGCAUACGUCUAUAUUGGCGUGUAUUCCCUGGUCUAUUUCUUGAUAUAUUCCAACGACUUCGAGCACUGUCCGACAACAUCUAACAUGAGGGACGACUUUGUCGACUGUUUUUUAAUUUCGCCAGUCGCUCAGUCGGUACUUGAAGCUUUUGUUUUCGGUCCAUGAAUAAGCUUUUGGCGUCAAUUUCUUACACUCACUUCAAAGUCGCAACCAUUUUCUUCAGUUGAGGACAAACUUUAUUUUUAUUGCAAUACGAGUGGCAGUGAAAAUGACGAUGGUACAGCUUGCGUGGGACCUGUUCUCUUCAUUUGAGCGUUAGUGUCGGUAUGUGGCGUCAAGACGACGAAUAAAGAAGAGACGUCUUCAUGGCACCUUUCGUCGGAAGUUAUGCCUUUCAAGGAUGCCAGUCGAUUCAGCUGAAGACGAGCUCGAUGUUCGACGAUGAAAAGAACUAUAGCUGGUCUUCAGGUGAGCUGUUUGAACGGCCUCCUUCUGCUCGCGGCGUUCUUUUUCGCUCUGGCCGGCUUCUCGGGAAUCUGCGGCGGCCUCUUGUACGGGACGUCCCACAUGUUCACUAUGGUCGGCGACGCCCACCUGGUCAACCCAGAGACGGCCUCCAGCUUCACGAAGAAGCUGGACGCCAAGUUCGACAGCUUCAGAAACAGCAGCGCAGCCAAGGGCAAGCUGCUCAAAGAGAUGGGAAUGAUAACCUUUUACGUCACAGGCGGUCUGGCAGCACCGGGCGUCAUCUUCCUGUUCUUGGCGGGCAUCGAGUUCUGUCGCACGUUCAUCAACUCGCUUGGUGAAGAGCCUCCGCCAGAGGUGGUCCCCGUCGCCGCUCCGAUGAUGCUGGAACCUCAGGAGUCUUUGACGUGCUGUGCGACCGCAUGUUGUCCAGAUAACGAUAUUUGUUGUCAUAUGACGUGUGCAGAACCGACGGUGGAGUGCUGCUGCUGCUGCUGCGCCUCAGUCUGCUGUCCUGACUCGGAUACGUGCUGCGCUAUAUGAUUGAGAUCUUGCCUGGCCUACCUAGGCCCAUAUUCACGUCGAAGGCUAAUGUGGAACCGUCAGUACGAGUCCGCUUCGUAAGAUCGUGCCAUGCCUGUGACUCCCUUCCUGCGAUGCAGUGCGAUGCCUGCGAUUCAGUGAGUCAGUGAUUUUUCUCAGAGCGGCCGACUUACAGUGACCAUGGUUGGAAGUGCGGUGUGUUUCGUCAUGUCAUAUGUUGGUAUCAAGAAAAUAAAAUGCAUGCAAUGUGUACCUACCUUCAAUGCACGCGUUUUGUAAAACAGCAUUACGCGGUGUCUUCACAACGGAGACGUGAAAGAAAAGUUGCACGGCUUUUUUGAUUAUGAAAAUAGCCUCCCAUUGCGAUAUUUGCUUGGAGCCAAUGGAACUGAGGUGUGGCCAAGGUAGCAGGUAUAAGGUAUAGGUACUAUGGUAAUUAAAUUAAAUAAGUAAUGUAUAUUGGCUAGGUGAUGUAGCAAAUAUUAGCUUUCGAAAGGUGAUAAACCGCAACGCUAGAUGAGAAGGAGCAAGCUAGAUGAAAGUUAUGUUGGUGUUAACAAGUUUACUGCUAUAAUAAUCAAUUUAUUAUGCAAAAUGCUAGCCAUUAUUGGUGAUAACAGUUUUGUUGAAAACCGACCUUUGGUGAUUUGUUGUAGCUACUGACCCUCUAGCACUGCUCAAUACAUGAAGAGAUUCGUCAAUAAGAUUUAAACGUUAUACUGGAAGCAUAACGUUUAUCUACUUCACUCAGAAAAAGUGUCGACUCGAAAAUCGCAUUUUUCUCUGCGCGCCAGCGAAGAAACUCACCAUGGGAUCUGGAGGCAUUCGGGCCAGCUGCCAGUCCACGCUCUGUAUCCUGGCCGGUAUCGCUCUGGGGAUCGCCCUGCUCUGUCUUCUUAGUGGCGGCAUCCUCUACGGCAUCGCCAAGGCGUUCACGGGCGUCUCCAACGUCCACCUAGUGAACCGCACCACGGCCUCCAACUUCACCAAAGGCAUGGACGACAAGCUGGACAACAUCCGCGAGGGAAGCGCCGAGAAGGCCGUCUGGUUCAUGGAGAAGGCGCAUGAGAUGUUCUACGCCACAGGUGCCUUCGGUAUCGCCUGCGUGGUGUUCCUGCUCCUCUCCUGCGUGGUGGCCUACAAAUCCCGUCCGACUCUAGCUCCUCCCAUCAUAGCCGACCCCUUCGCUGCGGACGAGGAGCCUCCACCGCCUGGCGGCGAAGAGGACGGGGCUACAUCUCCAGUGCCGCCGGCGGGGUCACCGUUGCCUCCAGGAUCACCGGUGCCUCCUGGGUCGCCUGUUCCCCCAGGGUCGCCAGUGCCUCCCGCCUCACCGCCGCCGCCGGACCGUGCCGCUAGCCCUGUGGCGUAGAUGAUGAGGAAGCUGAAAAGAAUAGACUGAACGUGCUGAUCGCUCCGCCAGCCCUGUAGCGUAGAUAAUGAGGAGGCCAAAGGGACUGACCAUGCUGCCUCAGUGAGGUGAAUUGGGUUAGAGAGGAUUGGUUAGCGGGGUAUCGCAUUGGGAAAUGGGAUGUAAUUUGUGAAGAGCUUGUAAAAAGAGGAGGAGCGGCGAGGUUUUGCCGGAUGGAUGCUAAGAUUAGAUCGAGAAGACGCCUACGAUGAGAAAACCCGAAAGACAGCUCGGGCGGCUGGGUUGGUUAAUCCUCAGCUGUAUGGGGAACGUAAAUGUUCGGUUACUUGAAUACGCAGAAACGCUUAGAUUAGGAAAAGUUCGCAAUUUUAUCAUAGCAAAUGAUAGUCAUGGGACCAUAAGACUCAAGAGAUGCUUGGCGCAGGUAAUGAAAAUAAAUGCUAAGGAAAUGUC